AUGACUUAUUUUGCACCAAAAUCGGAAGAAGAAUACAAAGAAUAUUUAGACAAUUUACUUAUUGAAUAUCAAUUUGCUUGCUUCAGUGAAAAACUUGGUGAUGGUUGCUAUCGUUUAGCCAAUUAUCAUGAGGCAAUCAAAGAAGAUUUUAUAACGGCUGCCAAAAUCUAUAAAAAAUCUUGUGAUGAAAUGAAGUAUGGACAUGGAUGCUAUCGUUAUGGAACAUUUGCAUUUCUUGGACGAGGAAUGGAAAAAAAUGUUAAUGAGUCAACUGAAUACUAUGAACGUUCUUGUCGGUAUGGCUAUGGUAAAGGUUGUCAUAAUGCAGCGAUUGCCUGUGAUAACGGAGAAGGUUGUGAAAAAAAUAUUGUAAAAGCUAUUGAAUAUUUUACAAAAGGAUGUAAUUUAAAUGUAGUUCAAUCAUGUCUUAGUUUAUGGUCAAUGUAUUUUCGUGGACGUUCAGAUUUACCAAAAAAUGGUCAAAAAGCAAUUGAAUACACAUCAAAAGCAUGUGAUUUACUAUCAUUUGAAGGUUGUAGUAAUGCAGCAACAAUGUACCGACGUGGUGAUUUAAUUGAAAAAAAUUUAACUUUAGCAAAACAGUAUCAAGAUAAGGCAAUAGCUGUUAAAAAAGAAGCCGAAACGCCUGGUGUAGUAUUCGGUGAACAACAUAAAAAUGUAUAA